GAGCAACUGAAGUUUCUCUGUUCAGUUGAAGAUUGCAAUGGUGUAACUGAAGUUGUACUUUUUCCUACUCCUGACCCCCCCUUUCUUUUUUUAAGAGUAGUAGUAUAUACCUUUUAUUUUAGAAAGUAUUUUUCUCUUUCCUUGGACUAUCUAAAUCUACAGAAGAUUGCACAGCAAUGCUGGACUGCAGCGACUAUGUUUUAGACUCAAGAAUGAAUACUCCGUCAGAAACCAGUAAACCUGUAAAAAUGGAAAGCGGGGAUGGGGAAACAGGCACACAAACAAAUGGCCUAGACUUUCAGAAACAGACGGUGCCUGUUCCAGGGGCAAUCUCCACAGCCCAGGCGUUCCUUGGACAUCUUCAUCAGGUUCAGCUUCCUGGAUCAAGUUUACAAGCUGCUGCCCAAUCCUUAAAUGUACAGUCUAAAUCUAAUGAAGAAUCUGGGGACAUUCAGCAGCCAAGCCAGCCUUCACAGCAGCCUUCAGUUCAGGCGGCCAUACCGCAAACACAGCUUAUGUUGGCUGGAGGGCAGAUAACUGGGCUUACGUUAACACCAGCCCAGCAGCAAUUAUUACUACAACAGGCACAGGCACAGUUGCUGGCAGCUGCAGUGCAGCAUUCAGCCAGUCAGCAGCACAAUGCUGCAGGGGCCACCAUCUCAGCUUCUGCUGCANGCAACACAGAAACCAUACCCAACAAUACCGCAACUGUAAUUUCUACGGCGCCUCCAGCUUCCUCGGCAGUAACAUCACCCUCCCUAAGUCCUUCUCCUUCUGCCUCUGCUUCCACAUCUGAGGCAUCCAGUGCCAGUGAGACAACCACAACACAGACAACCUCCACCCCCCUGACCUCGGCACUUGGGACCAGCCAGGUGAUGGUAACUGCUUCUGGUCUGCAAACUGCAGCAGCAGCUGCACUACAAGGAGCUGCACAGUUGCCUGCAAAUGCAAGUCUGGCUGCUAUGGCAGCUGCAGCAGGAUUGAAUCCAGGCUUGAUGGCAUCUUCCCAAUUUGCAGCUGGCUAUGAACCCAUACGUCAGCAAACUAUGCUAAUUAAUUCCAUUUAUGUAAAUGAAAUUCAAUUUUCAGGCCUCCUGCAAGCGCAGAAUCUCUUAACGCAACUACCUCAGCAAAGCCAAGCCAACCUCCUGCAGUCUCAGCCAAGCAUCACUUUCACCUCUCAGCCAGCAACCCCAACACGCACAAUAGCAGCGACCCCUAUUCAGUCACUUCCACAGAGCCAGACAACACCAAAGCGAAUUGAUACACCCAGCUUGGAAGAGCCCAGUGAUCUUGAGGAGCUUGAGCAAUUUGCCAAGACUUUUAAACAAAGACGGAUCAAACUCGGAUUCACUCAGGGUGAUGUUGGGCUCGCUAUGGGCAAACUGUAUGGAAAUGAUUUCAGUCAAACUACUAUUUCUCGCUUUGAAGCCUUGAACCUCAGCUUUAAGAACAUGUGCAAGUUAAAACCACUUCUGGAAAAGUGGCUCAAUGAUGCAGAAAACCUCUCAUCUGAUUCAGCUCUUUCCAGCCCAAGUGCCCUGAAUUCUCCAGGGCUGGGGAUUGAGGGCUUGAACCGUAGGAGGAAGAAACGCACCAGCAUAGAGACCAAUAUACGUGUGGCCUUAGAGAAGAGUUUCCUGGAGAACCAAAAGCCUACCUCGGAAGAGAUAACCAUGAUAGCUGACCAGCUGAAAAUGGAAAAAGAGGUGAUCCGUGUUUGGUUCUGUAAUCGGCGCCAGAAGGAAAAAAGAAUUAACCCACCUAGUAGUGGAACCAGCAACUCACCCAUCAAAGCAAUGUUCCCUUGUCCAACUUCAUUGGUGGCAACUACACCAAGCCUUGUGACAAGCAGUGCAGCUACCGCUUUGACUGUCAACCCUGGGCUCCCUUUAACCAGCGCAACUGUAACUAGUUUGGCAGUCUCAG